GUGAGAAAACUGAAUCUUCUGUCAUGUUUGGCCACUGAAAUGCGGUUAUCGUCAAAAAUGUGCCUGAUUGGCCCGCUAUAACCACGUGAUAUUAGAAUUUGGCGGGGAAUACGCACGCCAUUUUGUUUGCCGUAAUUGUCAGCUUGGCCACGAGGAAAAAUAACUUUCACAUUGUUCUGGCAUGUCUGGAUCACCGAAAGAAAACGGUAAGGUUUUUUUUAGUCUUUUUUUGAUGAAUAAAUCUGCGAUGAUGAUAUAUUUGUAUUUCCUUUUUUGCGAAGAACCUUUCGAUGAUGCGGUGGAAGAAAGGAUCAUCAAUGAAGAAUACAAAAUCUGGAAAAAGAACACGCCAUUUUUAUAUGAUUUGGUGAUGACACAUGCUUUAGAAUGGCCAAGUCUUACCGUGCAAUGGCUUCCUGAUGUUAGGAAGUAAGUGAUUUUUUUUAAAGAUUUCAAAUAAAUUAUUAUAUAUGUAGCCGCGAUCGUUCUGCGAAUCCUAUUUAAUUUACAACGUUUUCAUCGUGACUUGUCGUGACCUACAACCUUUUUUGUCUGUGUUACCUUGGGCCAGUUCGUACUUCGUAAGUUUCAACCUUUCAGGCGAUUAAUGUUAUUGCUUUUGAUUUUUGAAGAGAUCUUAUUUUAUUGUGUUUGCAAGCCUAAGAAAUUAGCCCCCCCCCCCCCUUAAAAAAUGGUGUUACACAAAUCGUUUUGACAGUGUGUGGUACAAUUAGGUACAUUUCUUUGGAGUGAUCUGUGUCAGGACGAUUGAUUGGAGAUCACUCAGAUCAUAGAACAGUAGAACCCUGGUAACUUGAACUGUGAAAGGAAUGAAAAACAGUUCGAGUUAGCGGAACUUCGGGGUCGAUUGCAAAAUUCAAUUUGCCAUGUUAAAAAUAAGCUUCAGUAGUUACUGAUUUUCAGCACUUAUAAAAUGGUGCAGUGCAAAUUUAAAUUAUUUCAUCAGAAACUGUAACAUGAUUAGGCAUUUUUUAUGAUAAAAUGUGAUCUGUUUGUUUCACAGUUAAAAUCAAUUUGCGUAAGUGUUGACCAGUGUAAGUUUUAGGGUUUUUACUCGUAUACAACAAGAAGAGCUAAUGAAGAAAAGUUAUCAGGGUAAAUUUCAGUGACUUUUUGAUCAAAGGAAAAGAAAUUUAGUUCGAGUUGGCGGGGAACUCAAGUUAUCUGAGUUCGAGUUAACCAAUUAAAAUGACUGGAAAGUUGGUGAAAUCCAAGUUUGAGUUAGCGGGGAGUUUGAGUUGUCUGAGUUCGAGUUAAUGGGUUCUACCAAAAGAGGUGAUCAAUCAUCUACCAGAGCAGAUUCAUUGAUCCCUUUGAUACAUCAUGGCCCAAGUGAUCGCGGAUUACUGAUUCCAAUCCUGAUCAUCACAAAAUAAUGCAGACCAAAUUGCAGUCAAACCUCUUGCAACAGCCACCACAGGGAGACAGCCAAGUGACCAAGCAGAUAGCCAAAUCUCCAGGGGUGACUGCUUCAAAUUACAAACCUUGCACUUAUCUUUUUCAACACAAAUGACACCUGUGGCUAAUGAGCAGGCAAUGCAAAUGUAUCCCCGCAAAAGGCACCAAAGUAGGUAUCCUUCAAAAUGGGCUUACCUUAUGACCAUUAAUUUCCCCUCGAAUGGAGAAAUUUAAGGACUUGCAUUAGUUUCAACUAGGCUGCUGUCUCAGGAAGUGUACAUUGACUACAAGGCCAUAAUUUAAAAGUAAUGGAAGUCCUUUUAUUUUUUAUCUUCUGAUAAUCUUAAAACAAUAAAUUAUCUUGAAUUAUCUUUUCACUGUACUCUUACAGACCUGAGGGAAAGGAUUACUCUGUACACAGGAUCAUUCUUGGAACCCAUACGUAUGUAGCUCAAUUUUGUUUUACAUGUUACUGCCUUGAAGAAGACAACAAUAAUCAUUAUGCUCUUGGCCUUGUGACAUACUCAUGUAUUUGAAUUAUUUAUAGAUCAGACGAACAAAACCACUUGGUGAUAGCAAGUGUUCAAGUUCCUCAUGAUGAUUCACAAUUGGACACGAGUCACUACGAUAGUGAUAAGCAAGGUACAACAGCUUGCAUUUCAAGAUUGUCUUGCAAAGUCUAAAACAACUUUUUAGAUUGAUCACAGCCUAGCUCUCUUGUUAACUAGUUAACUGUCUCGGUAUCAACUUUGAGUAAGUAAAAAUGUUGUUUUGUGGCCGCAUAGCAUACAUAUGCUGUACUUAACAUUAGGCAUGCUUGGCCAAGUAAAGUUUCUUUAUAGAGUAUCACAUUAUGUCUAAUGUUUUUAUUUGCAGAGUUUGGUGGUUUUGGUUCUGUAAGUGGAAAAAUUGAAAUAGAAAUUAAAAUCAACCAUGAAGGAGAAGUUAACAGGUAAAUUAUCCAACUCCAGAAAGUGAGACGUUGCUAUUUCAGUGUCCAAAGAAAGUAGUGUCUGACAGCCUGGGGCGGUGGAUUUUGCUAUUGGGCUGGUGAAUGCUGCUCUUAACUUGCCGGAUGGGCAAGUAAAGUUUUAUGGGUAAUUCAAAUUGCAGAGAACUGUUGCUCAUCAGAUUUUUUCUGGCUAGUUAAAAUGACUCAUGGUCUAGUGCAUGCUACAUGUAGCCAGAACAAGCUGUAAAACUGACUUUCUUUACACUCUGUAUUUGUUUCUUUACAUAAGCAAGUAACACAGUAGCUCACAUUUUGUAUAUAUUUUCAUUUUCAAUAUCAUUCCUACAGUUUGCACUAUACCAUUUUGUACCUGCACUAAUGAUUUUUACGUGCAUUUUUUAUUAUUUUUUGAUAUUUUAAAGUUCAGUUAGGGGACCUUUUAUAGGGAUAACCUCGCAGUCCACCUUUUCAAAUAUGUAUCAUGUAUCAUGUUUAUGUGCAUAUAUGUAUAUGAAUAAAGUAUUAUUCUGUGUCCUCUUAUGGUUGAUUCUUUACAUCUCCCUUUAUUUCCUUUAUUAUUAUUAUUAUUGAUAUUAUUUAACCUUCAUUUCCUUUAUUUUAGGGCACGGUACAUGCCUCAAAACCCAUGUAUCAUUGCAACCAAGACACCAACAGCAGAUGUCCUUGUUUUUGACUACACAAAACACCCUUCAAAACCAGGUUUGAAUUUUAAGAUAUUUUACCCAGUCAUAGUCUUGAGGGACAUACUGUACUCUCUUACCAAGAAUCCCACACCAAGGUUUCAGGUUUUUUUAUGUUUGUUUUUAUUGUUAGAUCCCAAUGGAGAGUGUCGACCUGAUAUAAGACUGAAGGGCCAUACCAAAGAAGGGUAUGGACUGUCGUGGAAUCCCAAUCUUAAUGGAAAUCUGUUGAGUGCAUCAGAUGAUUAUGUAAGUUAUGCUGAAGUGAACAGCUACAUAUAGAACACUUCUGUCAGUGUUCUCUCUGUAUUUUCUGUUGCAGAGAGGCAUUACACAAGCUACAUGUAAUAUAUUACAAGAAACUCAAAUUCUUUAAACCUUUUUUGUAUGCAUGACUGAAUGUUUUUCUGAAGUUGUUUUUUCCUGAGUAAAACAAAAAUGCUUAAUUGUGAUUCUUAGGAGAGGGCUCGAAAUUGUGACUGAUACGGUCACCAAUGCAACUAACAUUUUCUCCUUGGCAACUAAAAAUUAUGGUUUAGUCGCCGCUUUGGUGACCAUAUUUCUAGAGCUAUUAUUUAGAUCUAAAUUAAGGGAGUAAAGUUAAAACAAACAUUUUAUCUUAGCUUGCUUUGCUUUGGUUAUAAGCCAGGUUACCUCCAAAUUUAUACCGAAACAAUCAAAUCUGAUGGAUUGAACUGUACUAUGAGCUGCGUCAUUUACAUUAAACAAACUGGCGACUAAAAAUUUGCCUCUGGUGACUAUAUUUCUCCAGUUGGUCGCCAAAAGGCGACCUGAGGAUUUUUUAAAUUUUUUUUUAGCCUUGUAGGCCAAUAGCUUUCUUAUAGUUACUUUAGGUUUUAGUGUGGGAACUUGGCUAAUGUGUAAUUUGCUUUCGAGAUAGAUAGAUAGAUAGUUUAUUCUGAUUAAAAUCACAACCAAAAGCUGAUUAGAUUAAUGGUUACAAUAAUAAAAUCUAAUAAAAAUAUGAGAAAAAAUAUAAGAUAUUUCUUUCCCAUAGGUAGCCACUGGGUCUGAUAAUGCUUUCCUUUUUUGUAUAUUUGGACAUUUUGAUGAUUGCAUAACAGUUGGGUUUUCUUGCUUGUACUCUUUAGUUUUAUUUACUUUUGUUAAGCAUACCAUUAUCCGCCACUUCUUUUUUUCUUCUUCUCCUAUAUUUUUUGUAAUUAUUGUGGGGCAAAUAAAAUAAAAUAAAAAUUAGAUAUAAGUCAUUUUUUAAUCUAGUACAUGUGCAUUAUGCCAAAGCUUCAUUUAUUUGGCUUUUUGUACUAGGAUAAGUCAUAUUCACUGAUAUCUCUUUCCUUUAACAGACUGUCUGCCUCUGGGAUAUUAGCACUGUUGCAAAGGUAUAGCAUGUCCUUACUACAUUUAUUUUUGGUAGAUAGACAACUACAGUGUAUAAAGGACAAACCGUCUCUGACUGCAUUGUUUUUUUGCAUUUAAAAUGAACAAAUUUAUUAUUUUGUAUGCAUUCUAUAUUUUUAAUAUUUAUUCUAGGAAGCAAAGACUAUGGAUGCUUUGAGAGUAUUUACUGGACACACAGCUGUUGUUGAGGUACAAACUUUAUAAUGAAUGCAUUUUCAGCAAAUAUAAAAAACCCAGUGAAGUAUUAUUACUAGAGGCUUGAUAUUGGAAGUGAAGUGCUGCCUCAAGCUUGUUUUUAUCGACAUUUAUUAUAUAGACACGAGUGUUUUAAUGGAAAAUAUACCACUUGUAAAAUUCAUAAAAACAACAUCCGGGACCCGAGUGGUUUAUUUUCCAUAAUCUCACACAUGAGUUUAUCUAUGACGUAAUUUCGGUCAUUUCCCUCUAUUAUUUUAUCAAUGUCUUUUUGUCUAUAUAAUAAAAAGGACAUUACACGGCGGCUUGAAGAUAUGAAUUUUAUUUUCUUGUGGCAAAAACAAUAUUUUACUCACUCGCUGCACUCGUUCGUAAAAUAUUGUUUUGCCACUCGAAAGUAAAAUUCAUAUCUUUGCACCACCGUGUAAUAUCCUCUAUGUAUUUUGAUCUAUAAGUUUUAAAAGGCAAAACAGUUUCAAAUAAGCAAAAACACAGUACUUAAUUAAACAUUGGGUGUAGUUAGAGAGACAGUUUCAGUGAACACUGAAACAGGGCGUCAAGAUGAGAUCAAAUGUUGCUGUGUAAACUACUAGCCUUUUGCACUUCUACAGAGAAAACUUUAAAGCAAGUUUUAUUUCCUAUUACUCUAUGCAUGCAUGUUUGAAAUUAGCAUUUUGUCUGUGUUUCUUGGUUAUUCCCUAAUGUGUCUGUGUUGUCAUAGGAUGUGUCAUGGCAUCUUUUGCAUGAGAGUUUGUUUGGUUCAGUGGCAGAUGACCACAAGCUUAUGAUGUAAGUUAACUGUACUGCAGCUGAUGUAUGUCUGAUGUGAGCCAAGUCUUACAGUUAAAACAGAGUUACACAAUAACUUUUUCUGGAAGAUAGUUGCAGCCACUGUUUUUCAAUACUGAAAGUGUUGAACAACCAAGUGAAACUACCAUGUAGUGGCAAUUAAAAAGUUUUCCUAUUUAAUUUUUAGCUCUAGGAUUUUUUUAUAAAAAUGACUAAGGAAUUAAUAGCAAGACCAGUAGCUUUCACUAAAGUUAUAUUUUAAUAUUUUUUUCACAGCUGGGACACCCGUUCAACCAACGCCUCCAAAGCAACUCACACAGUAGAUGCUCAUACUGCAGAAGUAAGUACCAACAAAAUAAUAGUAGUGCUUGGAACAAAGCUCUAAGUGACUUCUGAUAAACCACUAAAUUCUCCCCCCAAUUUACCAUGUACAUUUAUUGUAAAUUGUAUAGAGAAACUUCAUUGCAUUGCAGAGUUACUUGAGGCCUUAUUCCAUGAACCCUUUCUGCAAAAUAAUCCCAAGUCAAGUAUGACAUGGUUUAAAAACCUCAACUAGCUUUGGGGACCGCCAGAUUGGGAGUCUGAUGUCCUGAAGACAUAGCUAUACUGCUUCCUUAUGUUUACAAAUGCUGCCUCAACAAAAAUUAUUUUUUUAUCCCUGAAUGCUUUCCACAGAAGCCUAUGGCCAUCAUUCUAAUAUUAUGCCAAUUUAUCACCCUUUUUUUAGGUAAAUUGUCUAUCAUUCAAUCCAUACAGUGAAUUUAUCCUUGCAACAGGAUCUGCAGACAAGGUAGAACAACAUCUCUGUACAGUUGUAAGGUUCAAUAUAGCUGGUAAUAAAAAAAAUAAAAUUUAGCACUGAUACANUUUUAUAAAAAUGACUAAGGAAUUAAUAGCAAGACCAGUAGCUUUCACUAAAGUUAUAUUUUAAUAUUUUUUUCACAGCUGGGACACCCGUUCAACCAACGCCUCCAAAGCAACUCACACAGUAGAUGCUCAUACUGCAGAAGUAAGUACCAACAAAAUAAUAGUAGUGCUUGGAACAAAGCUCCAAGUGACUUCUGAUAAACCACUAAAUUCUCCCCCCAAUUUACCAUGUACAUUUAUUGUAAAUUGUAUAGAGAAACUUCAUUGCAUUGCAGAGUUACUUAAGGCCUUAUUCCAUGAACCCUUUCUACAAAAUAAUCCCAAGUCAAGCAUGACAUGGUUUAAAAACCUCAACUAGCAGGUUCUAAACUAGUUGAUUAUUAACCAGCAUGGCUUAAGCAGGGCUGUCAUAAGAGAGCUUUAGAUUCUAAGAUGAGUACGAUAACGAGUACAAGAUUUUCUCAAUACUAAGUAGUACUCGCCCGUGAACCAGCGUCAUUUUGGCAGGAAAACGUGGUAGCCAUCGUCACUCCACUACAAGUUUUAGUAAGAAUGAUGAAGUGGCGAAAACAAGUUAUCAAAAUGUUAAAUAUAGUACAAGUUUUAUCAUUUUGUAAUCGGGAGAGGGUGUAACCUCCUGCACUAAAGGUAACAGUGUCAACUUUUCUUAGUAGUGAGAAAUGGAAAAAUCAAGCUUCCCAGGGAGUCUAUAUUUUGAGAAUACACGACAAAACUUGGAAGUCAAAUCUUUCAUACUCGUAGUUGUCCUCGUCCUUGAAUCUAAAGGUCUCUAUUAAGAGCCAGGGGCCGGGAUUUCCCCCAGCUAUUAUGAAUGUGGCUACUGUCUAGUUGCAUUAGGUAAAUAGAAGGAAAAUAGAACCAAAAGAAAUCCCUAGCUGUUUGAUUCCCCGCCUAUUUAUUGUAUGUACCUGGCAACUUGAAAUCUUAGUGACAUCCCUGCUGAAGAGUUACGCUUGGGGACCGCCAGAUUGGGAGUCUGAUGUCCUGAAGACAUAGCUAUACUGCUUCCUUAUGUUUACAAAAGCUGCCUCAACAAAAAUUAUUUUUUAUCCCUGAAUGCUUUCCACAGAAGCCUAUGGCCAUCAUUCUAAUAUUAUGCCAAUUCAUCACCCUUUUUUUAGGUAAAUUGUCUAUCAUUCAAUCCAUACAGUGAAUUUAUCCUUGCAACAGGAUCUGCAGACAAGGUAGAACAACAUCUCUGUACAGUUGUAAGGUUCAAUAUAGCUGGUAAUAAAAAAAAUAAAAUUUAGCACUGAUACAGAAACUGAUAAAAAAUUCAUGUAGCAUCCAACACUGGAGCCAGAAAAUGCCAAGGUGUUCCCUUGCAAUAGGUGCAUGUACAUGUAGUUGGUAGAGUGCUGGCCUGCAGUGCCAGUUACAGGUUCAAUUCCGAGGGCUAGACCAGUACUCAAGGCCCUAAUAGAAAAUUUACCUGAGGAAGAAUUACCUACUACCUUUUCCUUGCAAAUGGCUAGACCUAAUUCACAUGACUUGGACAUGCAAAAUACAUUAGAGAGCUUAAUUAAGCAACCAUAUCGGUGAUGGCUUUGAANUCUAUCAUUCAAUCCAUACAGUGAAUUUAUCCUUGCAACAGGAUCUGCAGACAAGGUAGAACAACAUCUCUGUACAGUUGUAAGGUUCAAUAUAGCUGGUAAUAAAAAAAAUAAAAUUUAGCACUGAUACAGAAACUGAUAAAAAAUUCAUGUAGCAUCCAACACUGGAGCCAGAAAAUGCCAAGGUGUUCCCUUGCAAUAGGUGCAUGUACAUGUAGUUGGUAGAGUGCUGGCCUGCAGUGCCAGUUACAGGUUCAAUUCCGAGGGCUAGACCAGUACUCAAGGCCCUAAUAGAAAAUUUACCUGAGGAAGAAUUACCUACUACCUUUUCCUUGCAAAUGGCUAGACCUAAUUCACAUGACUUGGACAUGCAAAAUACAUUAGAGAGCUUAAUUAAGCAACCAUAUCGGUGAUGGCUUUGAAAUGUCACUUAAAAGGUGAAUUUUCCCAAACUUCAUUGCUCUUACUGGUAAUCUAUGUCAUUCAAUUUGUCAUUUAUGGUGGCAAAUUUUUCUGAAGUUCAGUUCUUGUGUUCCAAAAAAGAAAAGGAAAAUAUUGUUGUUGCCUUGUGCUUGCUUCCUCCUCAAAACAUGAGAGUGGUUAUUUUCUUAUCCUAGCCGUGUAACUACUGCAAAGAAGUGUACAAAAAUUGUGAUGCGUGUGCAAAGUUGUUAUUUUGCUUAUCUGAACCUAAUUUGUUUUUUUCCAGCUGAGAGGCCCUUCCAGGGGGGGUCCCAUUUCGCCCGUCUGAAUUUUAAAACAUCUUGUGUCAGUGUUUAUAAAUGCUUGUCGCUUAUUGUUGGCUUUGCCGUCACUGUCGCAGUUUGGCCGAGGGAGGUUGUCUCUUGUCACGAUUUCAUUUUACGCGUUGUUGCUACUUUUUGGGCCAUGUCGCUUGUCGGAAUUUACCCUGGCAGGGCCUCAGCUGAGCCCCAUAUUUACACUCAAAUUAAGUAUGUUAUUAAGUAUGUUGUAUGUAUGUUGUAUGUAGGGUGUGUGUUUGUGUCAGUUCACCUUAAAAUCAAGCCUGUAAUUCCCUUUCUCAGUUGACUAACUUUAGAUCUGCUGACUUAACUCCAAGGAAUCACCAUUCAUGUCAGGUUCAUAAGUAUUAUUUAUUGCUUUUGUUUGUGUGUAUUCUGUACAUUGCAGACUGUUGCUUUAUGGGAUCUACGCAAUCUCAAGCUUAAACUACAUUCAUUUGAAUCACACAAAGAUGAAAUAUUCCAGGUAAGCCAUUUACUGACGUUAUUGUAAAAGAGCAUGUACACAAGUGACUUGUGGUUGGUUGAAAGUAAUACAGUAGUAAGAAGAAUUCUGACCAUUUCUGAAAUUGACAGGAAAUUCUUUUUUCCAAAAACUGAAAAUGUUAUUUUGAUGUCUUAAAACCUGACUGAUGCUGUACAGGUUUGCUGUAAAGGCACAGGGAGACAAACUUGAAGUAGAUUAAAACAGAUUGCAAUAGUAUGUUUUUUCUCAGGUUCAUUUUUGUUGUUCGUAAUGUUAGAAAUAAAUAUACUCAUGAGGUAUAAUUUGUUGGUCAAGAAGCUGUGAUGUUAUCAUAAUGACUUAAAGUAUUUUCUUUGCCAAUGUUAAAUUGUAGAGCACAUAAGGAAGCGUAAUUGGCAAUAUUGACAAAAUUAACUAUACAGCAAUAACAUUUUUAUUGAGUUUCUUAGAACAUUUUUGUGUUUAAUGUGAUCACAGGUGCAGUGGUCUCCUCAUAAUGAAACAAUUUUAGCUUCCAGCGGCACAGACCGUAGACUACAUGUAUGGGAUUUAAGGUACGGUUUUAUUGCACAUGUAGCUCGUGUAAGAGCAGCAUAAUAUGCAGAAUUUCAAGUCUGUAAAAUGUUAAGUAGAAUAUUCUCCCAUGCACUCCACAGCCCAGAAAACCUGCUUGCAAACUUAUCACUCUUCAUAAACUGCUAUAUCAAGGCUGUGCUCUAAGAAAAACUGAAGGGAGCUUAAUGCUCUGAACAUGUGAAAUCCAGGAUGCCCAGCAUAUGAUUUCUACGAAAACCCUAAGUUUUUGAAGUCUCGCAGAAUCAAAAGGCCACCAGGUGCUGCUGGAGGACUGCUAGAUUUCAGUGCUAAUUUGUCUUUUAUAUGUUUGUGAGUCUGGAGAGAAUUUGAUUUUAGAUCAGAAGUAAUUUGAGGUGUCAUUCCACAUCUUCCUUCAUUUGCUUUUUGAGUGAAUUGAGCAGAAAGGUGGUUUGUCUCACAUGAAACUCUUGUAGUUUGACAAAAUUUUUAUCACUAGUACCUUUUACUAGGUGGGAUGUUUUGCUUUAUUUAGUGUGCAUUUUGGGAUGGCUUUUUCUUCUCUUUUGGUCACUUUUCAAAUUGCUACUGAAGGUGUCAGAGACUUUUCAUGCCCCGAUUCUGGUUGCAUUCGCCUGCAGGUGACCCUGAAGGAUUCACUACUGCACUCAAUGGCUGAAAAAAAAAAAAAUCAAAACACUGGUACCCAGGGUACAAUAUUUUGGAAACAGGGGUUUAAAAUGCACUUAAUUAUAUUUUUUUUUCUUGACUCUUGUAGUAAAAUUGGCGAAGAACAGUCAUCUGAAGACGCAGAGGAUGGCCCACCAGAACUUCUGGUAAGUAGUACAUCACAUGCCCCGGUGACUGCUGUGCAUCUGAUACAACAUGGCUGAAAUAUUUUAGCUGCAGUUGUGUUAGUAUAGGUAAUAGCAUGAUUUGUAGUGAUAUUUGGCAUAAAUACCACUUGUGAUAUUUUAAAAUUGUUAAUUUAACGUAAUUUUGCAAGCAGAUAGGCAGGUGAAAUUUGAGACAAUUUUGAAAUAUCACGAGUGAUAUUUAUGCCAAAUAUCCAUAAAAAUCAUGCUAUUAUUUGUUUAUACUACUACCCACAAAAGGUUUGUAAUUUUCACAUGUAGGUAUUUUAAAUUAAGCUAAAAUACCACUGCUCCAAGCUAAUCAAAUUGCAGAAAUUUCUCAUGUAAUAGUAUAAAUUAACUGUAAUGUUGAACCCAGUACUGUUGAGAAGGUCAGUAGCUCUCUAGAUAUGGUCUUUGAUUGGAGAACGAAACAACGGAUGAUUUAACCCACACAAUACCCCUAUCUAGACCUGAAAACAAACGAAGCUACUGCUUAUUUAGGCCAAUGAAAAUCAAGUUCUGGAAGAGCUACUCUUCUACUUGUACUGUUGAACCCAAAUACAGAAAAGCAUUGGACGUUUUUCAUUUAACUUGUGGUUUAUGUUUUAUGUUAAAAACCAACACUUUCAAAUUCCAAUUCGAUCUGGAACGCACGGACACGUUUCAACGAGUUCUUAUGAACUCCUUAGUGAUCCGUGGGUAAACAAAUUACAAUUUACAAUUUUCAAUUUUUUUUUUUUACAAUCGAGUCCCAAACACUGGACUUCAUCUCUGUGGGCUAUUAAAGUAGUGCAUUAUGUCAAGAAUUUUUUAUUUGCCUUGAUCUAGUCUUAUUUAUUCUCCUGUUUUCUGUUUUCCUUUCUUAGUUUAUUCAUGGUGGUCACACAGCCAAGAUUUCAGACUUUUCAUGGAAUCCUAAUGAACCUUGGGUACUCUGUAGUGUUUCUGAGGACAACAUCAUGCAAGUUUGGCAAAUGGUGAGCGUCAAACAAAACCUACGUUAUUUCCUUGGUUUCUUCUUGCUUAAACUUUGACAAAUGGCAAAAUGAUAAUAACGCAGUAAAGUGUUUACAGUAUAAAGAGUAUGAGUGGGUCUACGUAAGGAUCGUCAAUUAGAAUCGAUUUGUCUUUUGGGGGCGAGAUGACCGUAAACCACCAUAAACUAAUGUAAUACAUGUAAUUUCCAUAACGCAACACAUUUUCCUAUUUUAGGCCGAGAACAUUUACAAUGAUGAAGAACUCGACACACCUGCGGCAGAAUUGGAACCAGGAGCGUCAUAAACCGGUCAUUUUUAUUCAUGGAUGUGGAUUAAUAGCUGCUGCGAGUCCAAGAAUCGUGCAAACUAUUUGAAACAGACCUUAGUUCCAUUUGUGGAAUUGCCUUUUUUCAAGGUUCUUUUUCAAGAGUAGAUUAGUGCUUGGUGGCGAGCGUUUUACACUAAGAAGAUCUGGGGGCAAAGUUCUGUUUUGUAUUCGCGGUUUGUGAAUUACUGUAACUUCAAGGUUAACUCACAAACUCUGCAGCAUAAUUCUUUCACUCUUGCUCAGUAUCGUUUUUUACGCGCACAUCGGUUGUCAGAGUUGAGCACUGAUCGAUGUAACGCGUGCUGGUUAUGUAAGCACUGAAACAUGUAACAUAGCUGUCUGUUUAGUACAAAAAAUAAAUA